AUGAAUCGUUGGAUCGGAAAAGUAGCAAUGGUGACUGGUGCGAGUUCCGGUAUUGGUGCAGCCAUCGCUAAAGAACUGGCCCGAUCAGGGCUUACUACCAUUGGUCUUGCCCGACGGGUGCAUCGAGUGGAACUGUUGAAGAAAGAUCUAACGGGUGAAGCUGCUUCCAGAUUGAUCGCCAUGAAAUGUGACAUAACUAAGGAGGAAGAAAUAUUGCACGCAUUCGCUUUCGUAAAUGAAAAGUUCGGCGGUGUUGAUGUUAUGAUCAAUAAUGCUGGAGUGAGUCGGGACAUUACGACACUGAUGGCGAAUAAUACCAAGGAUGUACGAGACAUAUUCGACACCAAUGUAAUUGGAUUGAUCCAAUGUAGCCGGGAAGCGUUCCAGUCAAUGAAAGCACGGAAUGUGAUGGGCCAUAUCAUAAACAUCAACAGCGUCGCAGGCCAUCACGUACUGGAUUUACCGCGCCAGUCAGUGUACAGCUCAAGUAAAUUUGCUGUAACUGCACUCACGGAAGCAAUGCGCAUCGAGCUGAGGAACGAGAAAACUAACAUCAAAGUAACGAGCAUUAGUCCUGGAAUAGUGAAGACUGAAAUUUUGAAUGGUAUUCCUGGGGUGGAACUGCUACCAGCUAUGGAGCCGGAAGACAUUGCCGAUGCCGUUCGUUACGUACUGAGUACCCCUCCACGAGUUCAGAUUCACGAACUGACGAUUAGACCAGCUGGUGAACCAUUUUAGUUCUGCAAUUAGACUAUAUGUGUUUUAGUUUAAUGGAAAAGUAACCAAUCGUGAUUUUGAAUCACCGAGGAAAGCUCGAACUGAGCAACAUUGAAUCGAGAAUAUGACCAUUGCUUUCUCUAACAUUCUAGAUAACGUAUCUUAUAUUCUUUUUACACUUUCACAUU